CACACACUCAUCCCGGACACUCACUCACUCACUCACUCACUCACUCACACACACAGGCCUGUGGACACACAGCAGUGCAUCUGUCGAUUGCAGGAGAAAGUGUGUGUGUGUGUGUGUGUGUGAGUGAUGGGUCUCUCGCAGUAGAACUUGUACAGACAGGAGAUUCCGCUGGAAUGGCUAACUGCUCAGGAACUUCAGUCUGAUCAAAAUGUCUGAGGCUAUUUGCUGCACGGUUGUGAACUGCAACUGCGACAGUUUUAAACCAGGUAAACUGAGACGCAGACUUUGUGAGCAUUGUAAGCAUGGCUGGGUUGCCCACGCUCUUAGUAAAUUAAAGGUUCAUCACAUGUAUCAGGGAAGUCAGGUGGAGAUCGUUCACUCCAACGUGGUGUUCGAUAUCUGCAGUUUGAUGCUUUAUGGGACUCAAGCAAUCCCAGUGCGUCUGAAGAUCUUGUUGGACAGACUUUUCAGCGUUCUUAAGCAGGAGGAGGUCAUUCAGAUACUGAACGCGCUGGACUGGACUCUGCAGGACUAUAUUCGUGGUUAUGUGUUGCAGGAUGUGGCCGGAAAGGUAUUGGACCGCUGGGCCAUAAUGACCUUUGAAGAGGAGAUCGUAACGCUGCAGCAGUUCCUGCGUUUUGGGGAGACGAAAUCCAUUGUUGAGCUGAUGGCUCUGCAGGAUAAGGAGGGACAGGCAGUUAUCGUUCCAACCACCAGAACCAACUCUGACAUCCGCAGUUUCAUCGAAAGCAGCAUGCAGCGUUCUGUGCGGCUCCCAGCUAAAGCCGAGGCACCCAGCUGUAGCAACGGACACCACUUCGAGACGCUAGUGAACAGUAUGACCCUUAUGCUACCACUGCUGAAUUCUGUCCCGGCACCAUUCUUGAGCUCGGCCACUGAUUCCAGCUGCCAGGAGUCACAAACCAAACACGAGACAACAGAAAUAAGCCUUGACGCCGCUGCUCCGUUCAAUGCUGGGCCAGUCAGGCUGAUGAUGGACACAGAAUCUACAAAAAUGGAAUUGGAAGAGUUCAAUGUGAGUGGGAACUCCUCACCAUCCACCCCCUGCACGCCCUCUAUCACUUCUGAAACCACACAGAUGUCCCCAGAGAACAAAAUGAGGUAUGCAGAGAAGAGUGGAACCAUGAAGAAAGGUCGUGUAUUCUGCAGUGCCUGUGAAAAAACCUUCUAUGAUAAAGGCACAUUGAAGAUACACUACAAUGCUGUUCACCUGAAGAUCAAACACAAAUGCACCAUUGAAGGCUGUAACAUGGUGUUCAGCUCUCUGCGUAGUCGGAACAGACACAGCGCAAAUCCAAAUCCACGGCUCCACAUGCCAAUGAACCGCAAUAAUCGAGACAAGGACCUGCGGGGCGACCUGAGCCCGAGGGAGGAGGAUGAGGCUGACAAUGACAAGAGAGAGUUUACUUCUGGGCCAGAGAGCCAGGGGACCGUCUCUAGUUUUGUAAUCCGCAACCCAGAGCCCAAAGUGCACAGCUCUUUCUCCGGCAUCAGCCAGAGCGGAAUCCUCUUCCCCAACCUCAAGACUGUGCAGCCUGUGCUUCCAUUUUACCGCAGCCUGGUGACACCGGCGGAACUGGCUCACACGCCGGGCAACCUGCCAUCACUCCCAUAUCUGUCCUCGUCUGUGGACACCAAUGCAUGUCACAUGGAGACGAGCUCAGAGCCAGCGCCCAAGAAGAAGUCCAGAAAGUCCAGCAUGCCGAUAAAGAUAGAGAAGGAUGAACUAGCAGCAGAGGAUGUGUCGUCGGAGGGAAGUCCAGCCCUUAAUCCCUGUACAGAAGCAGAAAAUUGUCAUGGUGUUAGCAUGGGUAGUGAAACACCUGUGGACUGUGAAACUCUUAACCGAUCAACACCCCUUAGAUCCAUCCCCAAAGCACAGAACACAGAACUGGAUGCAUUUCUCACUCACAAGGACAGUUACAUCAUCUCGUCAUCCUCUUCUCUCGUACAUUUGAAAACGACUCACAACUCCACAGAGAAAUCUCCAAAAUGUGAAGAACCACCAUGUAGUUCACAGCCAGACCGACCCUGCAGCCAGCCGAGCAAUUUCACUGUAAGCCAUGCUGAACACUGUAUAGACAGCUGUAGUGACCCCGAGACCUUCUGCUCAGAUGAUAGAGAAGAACAGUCUCACUCGUGUGAGAUCUGCAACAAGACAUUCAAAAACCCUUACAGUGUGAAAAUGCACUACAGAAACGUGCACUUGAAAGAGAUGCACAUGUGCACUGUGGAUGGCUGCAAUGCUGCGUUUCCUUCUCGACGCAGUAGAGAUCGACACAGUGCAAACCUGAAUCUGCACCACAGGCUGUUGACCAAAGAUCAUUCGGGAGCCUCAUCUUUCCGCAGAGAUCGUCUAGACUUCCUUGACCAUGAGACUCUGAGCCAGAUGUCGGUCAUUCUUAAAGGAAGCAACCGUACAGGCUUGGUGUUCCCCAUGAGUAAAGCACUGGUGAGAGAAGUAGAUUCAGCAGAGGGCGCUCUGGAGGAUGAAGCUGUAUUAGAUUUAAGCACCAGAGGAAGCACUCACUUUUCCUGGGACUCAGAUAUAGGCAGUGAGGAAGGGCUCCCUCUGGACGACAGUGACGAGAGCUGUGACGGGCUGAGCGCUCAAGCGUCCGAAUCUCUGCCCUGCCUCAGUCAUCAGUCUCACGGCUCAUCACCUAUAACCUGUCAUCUUUGUCAGAAAGUUUACAGCAACAAAGGUACAUUCAGGGCUCAUUACAAAACAGUUCACCUUCGACUUCUCCACAAGUGUAAAGUUCCAGGAUGCGACACAACAUUCUCCUCUGUUAGAAGCCGCAAUCGACAUAGCCAGAAUCCAAAUCUACAUCGGAACCUCGCAACAAAUACCUCCUUCAAUCAGGAGUAAGACUAGCAUGUUUUCACACACAAAGCCAUAAACACCUAAAUAUACAGUCAAGGAUUCACUUCUAUCAACAGCAUUUGGUACUGUAUACUGCACAUUUAAGAGUACUGGACACAACUGGAAAGAAACAUUCAUAUUUAUAUUAAAAACCUUUGUUAUCUUGAGAUGUGGACUUCAUCUUACAAACUACUUACAAUCCUUUCAUUGUAUUUAUUCACUUUUAUAGAGCAAGAAAUAUGACUGAAAAAUGAUUUCCACAAUGGUUGUCACAGGUCUGUCAACACAAAGAUGUAAAUGAUGAUGGUUUAUGAUGUGACAAGUAAUUGUUCUGCACACACUGAAUUAUGAUCAUCUUUUUAAGAGAUGAUUGAAAACAUUCAUUGCUGUUAAAAGUCCUUCUCUCAUUAUUGUAUUUCUUCUCUGCACUUAUUCACUAAAAGACCUUUGAUAGACCAUUACAUGGCAUUGGUGAGUGAAAGUUAUUUGACUCAUCGUGUCCUUCAGUACAUUUUCUUGUAGUAGCAUACUUGUGUUUGCUUGAUGUUCAGGUUUCUUAUUACAAAAGAAUCAGUCAAGCCCUUUGAUGUUGUUACUGUUGUUUUUUGUUCCUAUUGAGUCAGUUAUUGUGUUUUUUGCUAUAAUUAUUCUUGUGGAGACCAAAGAUUCAUAAGCUAAGACAAUUUGCAAAACAACAAAAAAUCUAACCCUUUACUAAACAUAAAUGUAUUAAGAGUUUAAGUGUGACCGUCUGACAUUUUGUAACACAUGCUCACUAGUUUAAUAUAAUGUUGCUUUGCUAUAUAAAGCACAUGAUGUGUUAGUUUGGUCAAACGAAUGUACAUGGAAUGCCUUCGUCCUUAUCUACCAUGUUUUGCAGGAUAUGCUAAUUAUGAUUGGCUAUUGUUAGUGGAAGCUAUAGUUGCAAAGGGAGUUCAGUAAGACCUACACAUGCUCAAACAAACCUUUUGAAUAGAAAUAACCCUAACCCUUUAUAUUGAUUUCAAUGUUUUUUGUUUAGCACGGUAAACAAGGUUAUAAUAUUGG